CUAGCUAGUAGUAUCCCAGCAGCAUUCGUCGACGCGCGCUCUGCGAUAGCCAGAAGCUAGCUUAGCAUACGUGCAACUGCGUGUGCGACGCGUACACGGCUGUACAGACACAGAUAAGCCUCUCGCCUACGUAGACGUCUUCCCGACCAUGCCGGCCUUCGCCGACAUCGCCAUCGACCCGCCUCUGGCCGACAGCUACCGCGCGCUGGCGCUGCUCCGCCGCGACCGCGACGGUGGCAUUGCGCCGCCGGCUGUGCAGAUGGUCGGCUCGGGCGGCGCCGUGCUGGAGCGCGACCUGCCGAUGGUGGACCUGGAGCGGCUGACGAGGGGCGGCGCGGGGGAGAGGAAGGCGUGCGCGGGCGCCAUGGCGAGGGCGGCGUCGGAGUGGGGGUUCUUCCAGCUGACCAACCACGGCGUGGGCCGGGAGCUGAUGGAGGAGAUGAGGCGGGAGCAGGCAAGGCUGUUCCGUCUGCCGUUCGAAACCAAGGAGAAGGCCGGCCUGCUCAACGGCUCGUACCGGUGGGGCAACCCCACCGCCACGUCGCUCCGCCACCUCUCGUGGUCGGAGGCGUUCCACGUCCCGCUCGCCAGCAUCUCCGGGGCGGAUUGCGACUUUGGAGACCUCACCUCCUUAAGGGGCGUGAUGCAGGAGGUGGCCGAAGCGAUGUCGCGGGUGGCGAACACGGUGGCAGCGGCGCUGGCGGAGGAGCUGACCGGGCGCGGAGGCGGCGGGGCAUCGGCGGCGCCGUGGUUCCCUGCGGGGUGCGACGAGACGACGUGCUUCCUGCGGCUCAACCGGUACCCGGCGUGCCCUUUCGCGGCGGACACGUUCGGGCUGGUGCCGCACACGGACAGCGACUUCCUCACCGUCCUGUGCCAGGACCAGGUCGGGGGCCUGCACCUGAUGAAGGACUCCCGGUGGGUGGCCGUCAGGCCACGCCCCGACGCCCUCGUCGUCAACAUCGGCGAUCUGUUUCAGGCGUGGAGCAACAACAGGUACAAGAGCGUGGAGCAUAAAGUGGUGGCCAACGCCAAGACGGACCGGCUAUCGGUGGCCUACUUCCUGUGCCCGUCCUACGACUCGCUUGUCGGGACAUGCGGCGAGCCAUCGCCAUACAGGGCCUUCACCUUCGGGGAGUACAGGAAGAAGGUGCAGGAAGACGUCAGGACAACCGGGAAAAAGAUUGGCCUCCCAAACUUUUUCAAGCAUUCUUCAGUACAAUAAUGAUCGCAUCAAUGACAGCAACCGCUUGUUCUAUAUAUGUUCGUUAUAAUUUAUGGUCGAUGUGAACUCGACCGUACCAUCAAUCCAUCUCACUGUACAAUUGUGUGUGCGGUGUUCGGGGUUGGAGGUUCUUUCCUUAUCAUUUCCGUGGCCUUUUUUGGUUUGUAGAUUGUAAUUGGCAAGGUAGUACUAUACAAGUGAUUAAACCAGAAGGCCUUAUGUGCAAUUAUCAAGUUAUCGCAUAAUGACAACUGCCACCAUGUCGGAGGAAAUAA